AUGUCGGCUGUGGACCAGUUGAAGCAGCAGAACGCCGCGCUCCAGGCUGGGGUAACGAAUCUUCAAAAGGUCGCGCAAGGAACUUCUUCGACGGCGAAGAAGGCGCCCUCCUCAGCUACCAAGACCACCUCUCUAGCAACACAGAAAGCCGCGACACCCGUUAAGAAGACUGCACCCGCCGCAACAAAGACAACGGGAACUACCACUACGCCAGUUCGAAAAGCACCUGCAAAACUCACGAGAACGUCCACUCCGGCAUCGUCGACUACGACAACCGCCGCGAAGAGUACGUCUGUGAAGCCUACAACCCCCACGGCUGCAAAGAAAACAGUACCUUCCACAUCCGGUCUCUCUAACGUAACACCCGCGAAGAAAACACCCGUCGCUGCGAGUAAAACGGCUAGCGAUGUAUCCAAGCCCGCCACUAAGACGCCCACCUCUACGAAAAAGACUACACCUGCAUCGACAACAUCUUUGCCAGCAGUAAAAGGCCCUAACCUCAAGAACCAAGCUAGCUCGGCGCCCAAAAUCAAUGUGACCAAGACUACUCCUGCAAAACCCGCAUCAAAUACAGCCUCGACGACUUCGAAAGCAACGCCUGUCAAGAAAACACCAGUGAACCCAGCCGUCAACGCCGACGGCACGCAACCCACACCCACAGCAGUGAAGAAAGCUACUCCAGCUACGACUCCGAAGAAGCCCGGUGUCGUCGGUUCGGCAUCGAAUGCGGUCACUGGUGGAGUAAACAAAGGCGUUGGUGUCACGACGGGAACCGUGAACACAGUGGCUGACAGUGCUACUACCGGGCUGAAUAGCACGGUCAACGGUAUUACGGGCGUAGCAGGAAAGGGACUUGAUAAAGUACCCGCCGGCGUCGGCAAGCCGGUCAAACACAUCACAGAUAACGUAGGCAAGACAGCCACCGGGACAGUAGACGGCCUAUACAACACUACAGGAUAUGCUACGAAGGCAAGUUCUUCUCUAAUCGUUCCGGUUCAACCUUACUUCGUAUUGACCCGCUUCCAGGGCGUCCAAGGCACUGUCAGCAAAACAACCAACGCCCUCGGCAAAGGUGACCUCAAAGGCACAGCCGGCGGGCUUAGUUCAGGGGUCGGAAACACAGUCGGCGGAGUCGGCAAGGGCCUCGGCAACACCGUCGAUGGCGCGGUCGGAGGAUUGGGGCGUACUGUCGGGGGACCACUCGGUGAUGUCGUGGGAGGAGUUGGGAAAGGAGCGGGGGACGCGGUCGGAGGGAUCACUGGUGGAUUGGGUGAUGGCGUAGGGAAGUUUGGGAAAGGCGAUUUUGUUGGCGGCAUGGGGAGCACGCUUGGAGGUGUCCACAAGGGUGUUGGCGGUCUCUUGGGCGGUGUGUUGGGUGGUGUUGGUGGGAAAGAGGAAGAGAAGACGUGA